AUGCAUUCUUUAAGUAAUAAAGAAGUGGUUCCUGUAAAGCAAAUAGAGAAAACGGGAGGGCUAUCAAAAGAAAUCCGACUGGUCAACCCCCAAAAACAAGCUUUAGUUGACCUUGAAAACAACG